UGGGAGCGAGCUCACUCCCAGCGCCCAGCACAGCGGCCGGGGCGCAGACGGAGCAAGGAGACCAGCCCGCCAACACCGACCAGCCUAAGCUUCCUCCCGCGCCGACCAGCUCCGUGCACCCAGCUCCGUGCUCCCUGCUCCCAGCUCCGUGCUCCCAGCUUCGUGCUCCCUGCUCCCAGCUUCGUGCUCCCUGCUCCCAGCUCCGUGCUCCGAGCACCCAGCUCCGUGCUCCCAGCUCCUAGCAUCUGCUGGAAGGAGCCGGCGCCUUGCCCCUUUUCCCCCGCUCCCGCCUUCCCUCCCCAGGGCAGCGCUCCCUCCCGCAGCAGCAGCCCCUUUGGGCCCAGCUCUGCCCAGCAUCCUCCCCACUGCAAGGAGCUUCCCGAGGAGGGGAAACCUGCAAACGCUCCGACCUUUGGGCCCGGUCCCCCGGAGGCCCGCCUCUUCUCUGCCCCCUCCGCCGGGCACCAAACUCUCCAGUCGCCUGCAUCUCCCCUCCCUCUUUCCCUCCGCCUGCCUGGAAAGUUUGCCGCUCCCGCCGCAAAGUUUAGCACACUUUAUUUCCCCCCCUUUCGGUCUCCCCUCCCUCUCCCCGCUGUUGGCACCGGGUAGGGGCGUUUGGCCUGUAAAUCGGAGCCGGAGGGACGCUGCAUAUUUAGCUCACCGACACCUUGGAGAGGGAUUUUUUUCCCCCCUGCUACCAUCUCCAUCCCGGCAAAAAAAAAACCAGCCCCUUUUUAAGGAUGAUCCUGCUUCAAUGGUGUGUGGUGUGGCUGCUGCUGCCACUCUGUUCCAGGGCCCAGAAGUUACCUACCAGAGAUGAGGAACUUUUUCAGAUGCAGAUCCGGGACAAAGCAUUUUUCCAUGACUCAUCAGUUAUCCCAGACGGAGCUGAAAUUAGCAGCUAUCUCUUUAGAGACACACCUAAAAGGUAUUUCUUUGUGGUGGAGGAAGACAAUACACCCCUGUCUGUUACAGUCACACCAUGUGAUGCUCCUCUAGAAUGGAAACUGAGUCUACAAGAGCUCCCAGAAGAUACCAGUGGAGAAGGCUCAGGUGAACCAGAACCAUUGGAACAGCAGAGGCAGCAGAUUAACAAUGAUGAGGGCACUGAGUUAUUCUCCUACAAAGGCAAUGAUGUCGAGUACUUUGUAUCUUCAACAUCCCCUUCUGGCUUAUACCAACUGGAGCUUCUUUCAACAGAGAAAGAUACUCAUUUUAAAGUCUAUGCCACCACGACCCCCGAGUCGGAUCAGCCAUAUCCUGAACUCCCUUAUGACCCGAGGGUUGACGUGACCUCUCUGGGACGUACGACAGUUACUUUGGCAUGGAAGCCAAGCCCCACUGCAUCUUUGCUCAAACAGCCAAUUCAGUAUUGUGUGGUCAUCAACAAAGAACACAAUUUCAAAAGCCUCUGCGCCGUCGAAGCUAAACUCAGUGCGGAUGACGCCUUUAUGGUGGCCCCCAAACCUGGACUGGAUUUCAGCCCUUUCGACUUUGCUCAUUUUGGUUUUCCAUCAGACAGUAAUUCCGGGAAGGAGCGCGGCUUCAUCACGAAGCAAUCUUCUAAGUUAGGUCGUCACUUUUAUUCAAAGCCCAAGGUUGACAUCCACAAGAUCUGCAUCGGGAACAAGAAUAUUUUCACCGUGUCUGACCUGAAACCCAAUACGCAGUACUACUUUGACAUGUUUGCAGUGAACAGCAAUAGUAACAUGAGCACUGCCUACUUGGGCACUUUUGCAAGAACCAAAGAGGAAGCCAAACAGAAGACAGUGGAGCUGAAAGAUGGGAAAGUUACAGAUGUAUUUAUUAAGAGGAAGGGGGCAAAGUUUCUACGGUUCGCCCCUGUGUCUUCCCAUCAAAAGGUCACCUUCUUUGUUCACUCCUGCCUGGAUGCUAUACAGAUCCAAGUCAGGAGAGAUGGGAAACUUCUCCUGUCCCAGAAUGUCGAAAGUGUCCGCCAGUUUCAGAUCAGGGGAAAACCGAAAGCCAAGUAUCUCAUCAGGCUGAAAGGCAACAAGAAAGGAGCCUCUAUGCUGAAGAUCCUGGCCACCUCGAGACCCAGUAAACAGUCAUUCCCCUCCUUACCUGAUGAUACUCGAAUCAAAGCCUUCGACAAGCUCCGCACCUGUUCCUCAGUCACAGUGGCUUGGCUGGGCACUCAGGAGAGGAACAAGUUCUGCAUCUACAAAAAGGAGGUGGAGGAUGAUUACAGCGAUGAGCAAAAGAAGAGGGAACAGAAUCAAUGUCUGGGGCCAGAGACAAGGAAGAAGUCCGAAAAGGUUCUCUGUAAAUAUUUCCAUAGCCAGAAUCUGCACAAAGCAGUGACCACAGAGACAAUCAGAGGCCUUCUGCCAGGCAAAUCAUACCUGCUGGAUGUGUAUGUCAUAGGGCACGGAGGGCACUCGGUGAAGUAUCAGAGUAAACUGGUGAAAACAAGGAAGUUCUGUUAGAAGUACAGAUCAACUGUACGGAACUCCAAGCGGAGCUUUAGCUUCCCAUCAGUAUAAAGAUUGACUACUUGCACAGCUGAGAGAAGUUGUGACCCAUAUUUGUACUGUGUAAGAAAAGCUAGCCUCCUGCAUAUUUAUGUUUACAUAAUUCAUGUUCAAGAGGAAUGAGCCACAUGCUCUCGGAAGGCAUCUGGCAGUUGUAUGAUUCUACGUCCAGUGCUCCUGUUUGAUGGUCUCGAAGGUGUCCAGGACAGUGGGAAGGCUCACAGGAACUGCCAUUCUUUGCUUCCACGUUUGCAUGAACUGCUUCUAAAUUAUUUUAUUACAAAGUCUGAAACAGGUCAUUCAGUGCACACAGCCUCCAAUGCAAAUAUCUUUGCCUCAUAGAUACUAGGAUUUCUGUAAAUUAUUUUAUAAAGUCUUGUUUUAAAUGUCUGUGUUUCUAUGAUUGUAAACUUUUAAAAUUCAUCCCCUGUUAAAGUACAGAUCUAAUCUUAAGUAUGAACGGGACUGCUCCCCAGCAGGUUUUGUUGCUAUUGUAAAUUCUUUGUGUUAAAUGUUUAAAUACUGUAUGUAUUUCAUGUACAAAGUUGUGAUACAUUAUAUUCCUGUACAUAAAAUUAAAAAUACUAGAUUAUA